AAAUCGUCUGCAUCUUGUUUUUUUUCCUGUUCAUUUGAGGCUCAUGUCUUGCUUCUUUUGAUGUAGUACCCUGUUACCACCUCUUACACCCGCAAUAAUCACGUUCCUAAAUCCUUGAUCUUCCCUUUCCCGUUUUUCUUGCCCAUUCUGUGUGCAAAAAUCCAGUAUUUGUACCAGUCUGAAUACGUACCCAACCUCGUACCGGUAUGGCUGCAGUACAAAUUAGUAAGCUUGCAUCGGUUCUUGCUCGUUGUUUGCCAUCAGACGUGAAGAACGCUGCGAAAUUCAAAGUAAAGCUAGUAGAAUUUGACCAAAAUUUAAAUAUGCACUUUGCUAAACAUGUGACGGUUUAUGCAAAUGAUCCAACCAAUGCAUGCAAACCUGGUGAUGUUGUGUUGAUUGACAAGUUACCUAAAAAGCUUACAAAGCACAUUACCCAUCAAGUUUACAAGAUUGUUUACUCCUUUGGUGAUAUAACUGACCCAAUAACAGGAAAGAAAGUUGUUGUAGGAAAGUAUCGUGAUGAAAUUGAAGCAAAAAAUGUUCUGUUUGGGAAAAACCCAUCUGGAUUUGACUAUGACAGGGCUCAGGACAGGGGAUGGCAGGCUGGAAAGAGAGAUUUCUCUGAUAAAGAAACUUAUAAAAAGUUUCAUAUGUUUGAUCAUGAUGAGCCAUAUGCAGUGUAGUAGGUGUAACAUUGCACCAAUGUUCUGUGAACAUCUUUAUGCCAGUUAACAUAAUAAAACAGUCAUGUUGUG